CCUACGCUCCUGUUCGUGGACUUCACCAACACACAAUGUCUUAAAUCUCCAACAGUUCAUUCCACUUCCGGGGUUUUUUAGGGUUAGAAUAUUGUUUCUAGGCGUGGAUCUCCUGGGGAAUUAGGGCUCUAUUCCUGUGCCAGGCGCCGCUGUGACGGUAACCCUCCCCGGUCGCUACUGGCCGCAAUGGCGGACCUAGGCCGUGGCGAGGGACAGAAAUCGAAGAACAAGAAACCCGCCACGCGUCAGUCACGAUCUUGUCGAGUGUGCCGUUUGCGUAAAGUCAAGUGUGAUCGAGUUAAACCAUGCAAUGCUUGCUGCGCCCAUGGCCAUCCUUCAAAAUGUGUUUACGACAUUGGACCCGAUGAUGAUGAGACGCAGCCAAUUGCUCAGGCGGAGGAGAUUCAAAAACUGCGAAACGAGAUCAAGGAUUUGAAGCUCAGGAUUAGCCAACAAGGUGGACAAGCAGCACAAUCUCGCAAAUUGGCCGAACUCGAAAAACUCUUCCAGGCAAUUCGCUCAGAACCAAUCGACGUAGUUGAUGAUCUGGUUGGUAGUAUUCGAUCCGGCCGUCAGAAUCGUCGCGCCCAAGCCAUUGGGCAACAGAGAGGAUGGCACCUUGUCCGAGCAAGGCAGUCAAAUGCAGGUUUCAGUGAUUCCCACAGUAGUAGUAGCGGCAGCAGCAGCACUGAGAGUAUCACUGUUGAUGAAGACUGGGGUGGCCCAUUAUCUCGAUUUGCUCCUCAGAAACCGAUGCUGGACUUGUUUAUACAGCGGUUCGUUGACGCUUUCAGUCCCGAAGUAGAUGCAAGUUCGGGCCACGCAGGAGCCUUACGAGCUGGUGCCGAUAUUCGAAUGUUCUCUCCGUUGAUAUCUAGUGCUUACGAUGCUGUAUCUUUGACUUUCUUUGGCCGCAGUGUCAAAGACACUCGCAUCGAAGCGGCAGGUAUCAAAUUGUAUCCCAAAGUCUUGCGCUCCUUGCAGGAGGCAUUGUUGGAUCCAGAACGAAGUCGCUCGGAAGCGACGCUAGUCACUGUUACACUACUUUUAGCUUUUGAGAGUAUCGAACGUACGUCGGACGCAGGAGUUUUGGCGCACGUUAGAGGAGCAGCACAGUUGAUUCAGCACCGAGGACCCGAGAAUCAUGUCCAAGGUGUUGAGCAUCUGCUAUUUACAGAGUUACGUCCAUACUGGGUUGGAGUCUCACUCGUCGAUCGAAAACCGAGUUUCAUGGACACUGAUGCUUGGAAGAAUAUUCCGUGGUCUCUGGGUACAACGACCAAAGAUUUGCUUCAUUAUCUGAUUGAUCUUGUGGUCGAAAUCCCUGCUUUACUGGGAGAAUAUGACGAUCUCGUCGCUGGUCAGGAAUCGCAACUACUUGGAAAAGGCGAAUACCGCGCAAAACAGGCCCGCCUGUGGAACGCAGUGGGCGAUCUAACACAGCGCUUCGAGCGGUGGAAGAGGAAACAUGUCGACAACUACCAUAGAGGCCGUGUGAAGGAAAUGACAAUAUCCCAGAACCCUGCUGACCCUUUUCCGGUAUUCCGAUGUCGUGAUCUGCGAACAAUGAAGAUAAUCGAGCCACCAUCACUUGUCUACCCGGAUUUACGAUUACUACAGACAAUGUGUUUCUAUUAUGCGACUAGACUGAUACUCUCUACUAUUGACGACCGCCCCGAAGGCGCCGUCAGUAUGCCAGAGAAGUAUCAAUUUGCCUGCAAUAUCGCACGAAGUCUUGAAGAUUACCUCCGUCGUGCCCCCGGAAACAUGAUCAAUCGACUUGCUUUCGCAACGCGAGUUGCAUGGGAGGCCUUUCCACCGGAUGGCCCCGAGCGUGAAUUCAUGGCCCAAGUGUUUAAUCUUGUUGAGAAGCGUCAUUCUUUGCGUUUAUGGGGAAGUUUUAUGCCAGAGUUGAGUGCCCGUGCUGGGUCUCCUCCUUGA